AUGAGUAGAGAAGUUGGGCAAGGUGAGGCCGGUUGCAACAGGCAGGGCCCCGGUCGUGGGGGAUGUUAUCCUGAUUGCCGGUGUCUCGUGUCGGGCUUGUCUGAGUGUCUGGGAGCGACGGGGAAGACGAGGAGGAUGGGGAUGUGCACUGAUAUGCGGGAAGCGGUGAGGCGGUGA